AUGAAACGUCUCGUGGCUAGCGUUCAAUUUUUGGCACAGCAAUCACUUGCAUUUCGGGGUCACACCAGCACAUUAUACGACAAAAACAACGGAAACUUUUUGAAACUUAUUGAAAUGCUUGCAAAAUUCGAUCCAAUCAUGGCCGAUCAUGUAAAUCGCGCAACAACGACAUCCAAACGACAUUACUUAUCAAACCGCAUUCAAAAUGAAUUAAUCGAAUGUAUGGCUUCCAGUGUGUUGGAUUCAAUAAUAAGUGCUGUUAAGGAAAGCAAAUACUAUGCAAUAAUGGUUGAUUGCACAUCGGAUCUAUCACAUGUAGAGCAGAUGUCCACAAUCGUUCGAUACGUUACGUUAUGUCCGAAUGAAAAUAAGUACAAGAUCGAAGAACGGUUCGUGUCGUUUGUUGAAAGUAAGGAUGGAACAGGAGAAGGAAUUGGAAACUCAAUCACUUCUGAACUUGAAAGGGUUGAUUUAGACGUGCAGGAUAUGCUUAGCCAAGGAUACGAUAACGGUGCCAACAUGGCAGCCCGCUUCAAAGGUGUACAAAACCGAAUUACUGAAUUGAAUCCGCGAGCUCAUUUCGUUCCGUGCGCCUGCAAUAAAUUGAAUUUGAUGCUGAAUGAUACUGCUAAAUUGAUCGACAAUAAAAGAUUCAGCUUUUUCGAAACGGUGCAAAAAUGCUACGUAUUUUUCUCGGAAUCACCAAAACGCUGGGAAAUUUUACAGGGAUUUGCCACUGAAGGAAAAAUUACUUUGAAAAAUGUGUCGACUACACGUUGGUCCAGUCGAGAAGCUGCAACUAAAUGUCUCUUGUUCAAUUUGCCGAAAAUCCACGCAGCACUUCUUAAAAUUGCAAAUGUUCCGAAGCCCGAAAAUACAAGUUAUGAUGCACAUAAUCUGGCUAGGAAAAUAGGCCGGUUCAACUUUAUUUGUAAUCUGGUUGUUUGGCACAAUAUUUUAUCGAGAAUCAAUGUUAUUUCCAAAAUGUUGCAAUCUCAGUCCCUCGAUAUUGCUCGCUGCUUGGAAUUGAUCGCAAAUUUGACAAACACUUUCAAUGAAUUACGACAAAACGAAGGCGAUGAUAACGUCAUCGAUGAAUGGUUUGAAACAGCAAAACAAAUCCGAAAUAAAUUAAAUUUUGAACCAACUGCACUCGAUUAUAUGGCAAUUCAAGAACGGCUAGCCCAACGUGCCGAAAUGGAUGAAUUGGAAGUGGAUAAUAUAGCUGAAUUCAAAGCAUCUUACGUUUAUCCCAUUCUAGACGUAGCUUUGAUCAAGUUAGAAGAUCGUUUCAAACAUUUAAAUGAAGUGGAAACUGUAUUUGGAUUCUUAUUCAAUUUGCACUUUACGGACAUUUCAUUAAGUCAUUGUCAACGACUCGAAACAAAAUUAACUUCAACCAAAGAUGGGAGCAAGGACGUUGAUGCCGAACAACUACUCGAUGAAAUCAGAUCCUUCCAAGCACUGAUUAGCAAUGGAGGAGAAAAAUCACCAUUGGAUUUUUUGAAUAAAAUUCGUGCGUGUUGUCUGGUUCCAAUAUAUCCAAACCUGACUACAGCUUUAAAGAUUUUUUUGACAUUACCAGUCACAAUAGCUUCAGCGGAAAGUAGUUUCUCGAAAUUGAAACUCAUCAAAAACUAUUUAAGAACAUCAAUGUCGCAAGACCGGCUCAGCAACUUAUCAAUGAUUUCAAUUGAAUCGGAACUAUUGGAUUCCAUUCCACAGGAAACUAUCAUCGAAAAAUUCGCUGCCGCAAAAGCACGUCAAAUUAGUUUUAACUAA